AUGCCUCCUCCCCCGCCGCCCCCUCCUCCGCCGCCGCCUGGAGGGUUAGGUGGCCCUCCCCCGCCGCCUCCUCCAGGAAACUUGCCAAACCGACCAUCGAAGAAUGAAGCAAAGGACCGAGGCGCACUACUCAAUGAUAUCCACAAAGGCACUCGAUUGAAGAAGGCUGUCACCAAUGAUAGAUCUGCGCCGAUUAUCUCGAAGGGCGGAGGAGGUUCAGCUGCACCUCCGGUUGGAGCUGCGCCGCCAGUUCCCGGAGGAGUGAAACCGCCCUCCGGACUCGCUCCGCCGGUCCCCCCUGCGAAUAGAUUACGAAGCAACAGUGAAGGAGUGUCUGGGUCAGAUGGCAUGGCGGGAGCUCCAGCAGCUCAAUUAGGUGGUCUUUUUGCCGGUGGAAUGCCCAAAUUGCGUAGCCGCGGUGGUGUCGACACAGGUGCCAAUCGAGAUUCACCAUACAUGUCAGAUUCCGAGGCUGCGCGCCGGGCACCUUCUGCGCCAGCUCCCAAACCUCCUACAGCUCCCCGACCACCUGGCGCUCGACCACCAGCUCCGCCGCCGGCUACCGAAUCUCCACCUGCUCCAUCUGUGAAUCCGUUGGUCGCUCAUUUGAAAAAACCCCCUCCGCGACCCGCGGGAAGGCCGUCAUCUUUAGUGUCUGCAGCAUCUGGCAAGGGUGCUCCAGAAGCUCCUCCUCCACGAGCCCCUCCACCUCCCCCAGGAGGCAAGGCACCGCCGCCUCCUGCAUCCCGCAAGCCCUCUGGGGCACCUCCCCCGCCUCCUUCAGUAGCUAGUCCGGGAGCUCCUCCUCCCCCUCCCCCCUUCUGCUCCUCCAACCACUACACGGGGAGCUCCUCCUCCCCCGCCACCCGGUGGCCCGCCAUCGAUAGCCGCCCAAGCAGCUCGGUCUGCUUUGAACAACAGCAGCUCACCCGGGGCGGCACCUCCUCCUCCACCACCUUCUGCCGCGCCUGCAGCUCCACCUCCACCUCCACCAGCCUCAGCUCCUCUCGCUCCGACAAGUGA